AUGGAUGUAGCGAAACAUUGCGCGAAGUGCGAUCGUCCGGACACGGCGGAUAACCUAGUCGGAUGCGAUACGUGCGAAACCUGGAUGCACUACGGGUGCGCACAAGUGACAGAUUCCAUCGCCGAGGAGAAUCGUAGUUGGAAAUGUGAUCAAUGUCGUGAUGCAGAAACAUCCCAGUCUCGGGUGUCGUUCGGUCGCUCAGCUUCAAGCAAGCGCUCAUCUAGGUUAGAUCUCAGCCUAAAGAUGAUAGAAGAACAAAAGGAGAUGGAAAAGAGGAGAAUCUUGGAGGAAGAAGCUGCUCAAGCAGCCGCUAGGAAGAAGCUAGCCGAAACGGAGGAGAAGUUUAUGAAGAAAAAAUAUGAACUUCUGCUGAUAGAGGCUGAUGAUUCGGAAGGCGCAGAAACGAGGUCAAGACUGAGUAGUCGAGCUGAACGUGAAAAAGUUAAGACGUGGUUAAGCGAGCAGGAAGUCGGCACAGCACAUCGAGUGAAAGUAGUGUCAUCCAGUUGCAUUCCGCAAACGUCCGCAGCUUCAGAAAUAGCUCAACAGUCUACAGCUCCAGCUUCUAGUGUAUUAAACCGAAUCGUGCCGCAUGUUGCCGUCGUCGAACCACCGGCUCCCAUGUCAGCUUCCACCCCGAACUCGGUUGAGGGUUCCAGAAACAAGGAACAUCCCGUUGCAGCGACUGUUUCUCAAUCGGCAAUUCCGGUGAGAUCGAGUGGAGAUUUCGUUUCACACACUGAAAUUACUCUUGACAUUCCCCGAAGACCACCGGUAAGUUCAUCGUUGACUAGAUGUAAUUCCUCUAUCCGGAUCAAUUCCUGCGUUCCGAUGGAUGCCGGCAGGAUCAACCGUAGCGCCCCUCCUUCGAUUGUCGAAUCACACCCCGCGCACAGUCGCGGUCAUCUACCAGAACCGAUUGUAAAUAAUAUUCCAAUAAAUAUAAGUCAAACAUCGGGAUGUGUCGAUAUCGCAGUCGUGUGUCAGUCUAGUAGAGGCCCAAUGUUACAUGAUAGCAUAGUAGGGACAAGUGCACCAGUAGUCAGUACUAUAAACCAUAUGUAUCCACCUAUGUCAAAUUACAAUACUACUUUCUCAACGGUCUCCUCAACGCUAAGUCAACAGUGCUUAACGAAUGGUUCAGUGCAAAUAGUAAAUAGUUCUAGUGCAUACAAUAGCAUAGCUGUUCCACAGUAUGGCGUUAUUAAUUCUGGUGGUUUAGUCGACGGGUAUCCACAAAGUUUGCAGAAUUCUGUUCCAUUUGUAACAAUGCAAGCAUCUCGACCAGUGUUUAACUCCGGUUGUCAAUCAACGUGGGUUAAUAAUAAUAUAACCAGUGCGAGAGUCGGUGGGACCAGCAGCGGGAUACAGUCGGUACCCAUAGUUUCAUCGCAUGGAGAGGGAAUAUUCGCCAAUUGUGGGGGUGUUUCAAGGUUUGCCAACCAGUUAGUACCAUCUGCAUUCAUCACCGCCCCACACCAAGUUGGGUCACAGGCUUCCCAAGCAUGGCCAGGUCAAAGUUCGUUCUAUACACAGUCACAAUCAAAGCCACAGCAGCAACAGUCCGCUGCAUCUGUGCGAAGUGGACCAUCCAGCGAACAAAUAGCCGCGAGACAAGUGAUGCCACGAGAACUGCCAAACUUUUCGGGUGACCCCCAGGAUUGGCCACUAUUUUACAGUUCGUUUUAUAAUUCAACAGUGGCUUGUGGAUACACUGACUCGGAAAACUUGGCGCGGCUACAGCGCUGUUUAAAGGGUAACGCGUUAGAAGCUGUUAGAACCCGGUUACUAAUGCCAGACUCGGUGCCAUUCGUAAUUGAUACACUGAAACGGCUGUACGGCCGGCCGGAAAUUCUGAUACACUCUCUCCUCCAAAAGUUGCGAGCGGCACCUGCACCGAAAACUGACAACCUACAGUCGCAAAUUAAUUUCGGUCUCGCGGUACAAAAUGUUGUGGAUCACAUGUCUAUCGCCAAUCUUACGGAUCAUCUCCGCAAUCCCACGCUGCUUCAUGAGUUGGUGGAAAAACUGCCACCCCAAAUUAAAAUGCAGUGGUCGUACUACAAAAACAAAUGCGCUAGUGUCAAUCUGACCGCCUUCAGCGCUUUUAUGUCUGAACUCAUGGUAAUGGCCUCGGAUGUUACCCUUCCAAUGGACGCUCUCGCCCUAAGUUCGAAGCCCGGAAGAUCGGGCAAGGAAAAACCGAAACUGUAUGUACAUUCCGAUGAACAUCGAGAGAGGAAAACCGUAGCAGCAGAGCAACACCUGGCUCAAACAGAACGAGCAAAGAAGGCCUGUAUCUACUGCGCAAACGAACAUCACGAGAUCGCAAGCUGUAAGCAAUUUAAAGCACUGGAUAUCGAUGGUAGAUGGAAAGUAGUUAAGCAGAAAAACUUGUGCAGGAGCUGCCUCGUACCACAUCGGAAAUGGCCAUGUCGCACAAGAAAGGAAUGCGGAGUGAACGGGUGCAGGAUACAUCAUCACAUACUUCUACACUCGCCAAACAGUUCGGCCGAUACUUCGAACGGCUCCGGGAAUGCAAGUACCGUUGUACAUCAAAAUCUUCAUCGUUCGACGUCGUAUUCCUUAUUUCGAUAUUUACCAGUAACUAUAUAUGGAAACGGUAAACAAGUCAGUACUUAUGCGUUUCUGGAUGAGGGGUCUAGUUCCACGCUUUUAGAACACAGUAUUGCGUUGGCUCUUGGUAUUAAGGGACCACCUGAUGGCUUCUGCUUAAGCUGGACAGGAAAUAUUUCAAGGGAGGAGAAGGAAUCCGAACGUGUUAGCGUGGUGAUCUGUGGUGACGGCAAGCAGUUUAAGCUCCAUAAUGUGAGAACAGUGCAGCAGCUCCAGUUACCAGCGCAGACGAUGUGCUAUGAGGAUUUGGCUCGUACUUAUCAUCAUCUAAAGGGUCUUCCAGUUCGAAGUUACACGGAUGCAAUUCCGGGUAUUAUCAUCGGAAUAGAACAUAUCCGGCUACUAACUGCCUUGCGAACGCGAGAGGGACGUGAUAACGAGCCGGUAGCUACAAAAACACGCUUGGGCUGGUGCGUAUUCGGUAAAAGCUCCAACAACGGAGACGGGAUGCAGCAGUUGAAUCUACAUCUCGUGAGUGAAGUAUCAAACCGCGAACUGCAUCAGUUAAUGAAGCAAUUCUUCACAGUCGAAGAGUCCAGCGUUACCGUGAAGCCAGAGUCAGAAGAAGACCGACGAGCGCGGCGAAUAAUGGAAGCUACAACUCGUCGUGUCGACAACCAUUACGAGAUAGGGCUACUAUGGAGAUACGAUAAGCUAUGCUUUCCGAACAGUUACCCGAUGGCACUGCGGCGGUUACAAGCGUUAGAGAAACGGCUAAGUAAGGAUCCAGUGUUAGACGCAAAAGUGAGGGAGAAGAUAAUGGAAUACGAAGCGAAGGGAUAUGCUCAUCGCAUUACGCCGGAAGAGCAGAGCUCUACGGAUCCCAGUAAAGUCUGGUACUUACCCUUGGGAGUGGUCCAGAACCCAAAGAAACCGAAUAAGUUGCGGUUAAUAUGGGACGCUAAAGCACGAGUAGGAGGAACAUCGUUUAACGACAUGCUGCUAAAAGGUCCGGACCUCCUUGUAUCUCUGAUGGAGGUAUUGUUGCGCUUCAGACAGGGGAACAUUGCGGUGGUAGGUGAUAUUAAGGAAAUGUUCCACCAGAUCCGGAUACGGGAUGAUGAUAAACAGGCCCAGAGAUUCAUAUUUCGACAAAGUCCAGAGACAGAACCCCAGGAGUAUGUUAUGGACGUAGCAACCUUCGGGGCAUCGUGCUCGCCAAGUCUGGCACAAUUUAUAAAAAACAAGAACGCAUCGGAGUUUGCUGGAGCCUUUUCGAGGGCGGCGAAAGCUAUAACGCAAAACCACUAUGUGGAUGAUCUUCUAGAUAGCGUAGACACCGAAGAGGAGGCCAUCCUGCUAGUCAACGAAGUAAAGCACAUACAUCUUCAAGCAGGAUUCGAGAUUCGCAACUUCUGUUCCAAUUCAGUCGGAGUCCUGGCGAGCAUUGGGGAACCGGUAGCGCGUCGACAAAUAUCCAUGAACCUGGAAAAAUCCCCAGAAUCAGAGCGAGUCCUUGGAUUGAUCUGGAAGCUAACGGAGGAUGUUUUCACGUUCGACAUAAACAGUAUGAAGGAGGAGAUAAAGACGCUGAUUCACAGCGGAGCUACACCUAGUAAACGGCAAGUUCUACAAACGGUAAUGUCCUUGUUCGACCCACUGGGGCUGAUAGCGCACCUCGUUGUCCAUGGGAAAAUACUCAUGCAACAGAUUUGGAGAACCGGAACGGAAUGGGACGAGCUCAUUGCGGAAGAAUUGUGGGACGAUUGGAGACUGUGGUGUCAGUGCCUGCAGCGUUUGGACGAAGUGAAGGUACCUCGUUGCUUCUUCAAAGGGGUAGGCAUUACUACACUCAAAGAUGCGGAAGCCCACCUGUUCGUAGAUGCUAGUGAGAUGGCUUGUGCAUCGGUUCUGUAUCUUCGCUUCAUGGACAACGGUAAACCCAGAUGUGUCCUAGUAGCCGCGAAAACGAAGGUCGCCCCGCUGAAACCACUUUCCAUCCCGCGUCUUGAACUUCAAGCGGCAAUGAUCGGAACAAGGUUGAUGGAUUCCGUUCUAAACGCUCUAGAUAUACAAAUUACCAAGCGCUUCUUGUGGACUGAUUCGACAACGGUCCUCUGCUGGUUGCGAUCUGAUAGUCGACGCUACCAUCAAUUCGUUGCCUUCCGGAAGAACGUCGCUGAUGUCGCCACAAAAUGGAAAGAUGGACCAAGCUUUGACCCGAACCAUCCGUGGUACAAUGCUCCGGAAUUCGUAUACCAAGCGCAGGAUCAGUGGCCGUCGGAACCGCUCCAGAGUCAGGCGGAAACGGAAACCGAACUACGUGCCGUGUUUCUCUUCCACGGUACGGUGCCUUAUGAGCUAUUGGAAAUGUCUAGGUUUUCGAAGUGGAACCGUCUGUUGAGAGCUACAGCCUACGUUCUACGAGCCGUGCGGAGAUUCAAGGGAGAAAAACCUGUUAAACCAAAUCAUUUAACACAGGGCGAGCUGUACAAUGCAGAAAACCUAAUAUGGAGACAAGUGCAAGCUGGGACGUACCCGGAUGAGUACGCAAACCUACGGCGUAAUUUAGCGAAUCCCGCAAGUCCGUCUCAAAUCCCGAAGAACAGUCCACUAUACCGCCUUUCGGUAUUCCUAGACGAGCGAGGCGUCGUCCGAAUGAAUAGUAGAAUCUCCACCGCGCCUUCUGUGCCGUAUGACAUGCAGUUCCCAAUUGUGCUACCAAGGAAGCACCCGGCAAUACGUCUUCUAACAGAGGACUACCAUCGCAGGUUUCUCCACAGUAAUGGCGAAACAGUUUGCAACGAAAUGCGUCAACGAUUCCUUGUGCCAGGAUUACGUAUUCUGAUUCGUCAGGUGGCGAAGCAAUGUGUGACUUGCCGUGUUAGAAAAGCUGUUCCAGCACCGCCUAUGAUGUCAGCUCUACCAAAAGUCCGCGUAACAGGGAUGGUCAGACCAUUCACCCACACUGGCGUGGACUACCUGGGACCAAUACAGAUCAAACAGGGGCGCAGUUUAGUGAAAAGGUGGGUUGCAUUAUUCACCUGUCUCGCGAUUCGGGCUGUGCGCCUGGAGGUAGUGCAUAGUCUGUCUACGCAGUCGUGCGUGAUGGCUAUCAGGCGUUUUGUGGCUCGACGUGGUUCCCCGGAAACCUUUCACAGCGACAACGGGACAAACUUCGUGGGCGCGAGCAACCUAUUGGCAAACCAGGUACAGAACAUACAUGAGGACUGCGCCGUAACUUUCACGAACGGUGAGACAAGCUGGCUGUUCAAUCCGCCAUCCACACCCCAUAUGGGUGGCUGUUGGGAGCGCAUGGUGCGCUCUGUUAAAUCCGCUAUAUCUGCCAUUGCGGAUCAUCCCCGACAUCCUUGCGAUGAGGUAUUCGAGACAGUCGUGAUUGAAGCUGAGUCGAUCAUUAACUCCAGGCCUCUGACGUACAUCCCGUUGGAGUCAGCAGAACAGGAGUCUCUCACACCUAAUCACUUUUUGCUCUUCGGUACGAAAGGCAUCACUCAACCGGGGAUACCUAUUAAGGCGGAGGAAAAUAGCUUGCGGGACAGUUGGCGUCUCGCACAGUACUUAGUGGACCACUUCUGGACUCGGUGGGUACGGGAGUACCUCCCAACUAUAACGAAGCGUACCAAAUGGUUUGAGCCGGUUAAGCCAUUGAAAACCGGUGACCUUGUACUGGUGGUUGAGGAUAGUAAGCGGAAUGGCUGGUUAAGAGGCAGGAUCGUAGACGUGAUUAAGGCGGCGGAUGGACAGGUUCGGCGAGCAGUUGUACAGACUAAAAACGGAAUGCUCAACAGACCUGCGGUUAAAUUAGCACUCCUCGAUAUUCAGUUGCCUGUAGACGGUCCGGAACUACACGGGCAGGGGGAUGUUACGAAACGGCUGGGCGGUUUCGCUCAGUGUGAGUUCGGUACCGCCCGUAACAGUCAUUCUGACGGUACAUAA